CAGGUAAAGGAAAUAGCAAGGGGGCAGAAAAAAUUCCACAUUUCUUUUUCAACACUUGCUGCUAAAAGCAAAAAUAAAAGCCGUGCCUAAAAUAAAAAUAAAAAAUAAAAGCAGGCACAGCAUAAGUAUAGCACACGGCAAGGCACAAGGGCAUGAAAGAAAAGUGGCCAGCCCCCUUUUUUUUGUUGCACGAGAAAGUGCAGCUUCAUAUACACGCCCAUACCCUGCACCCUCUCACGCCUCCACCACCAUCACCACCACCACUCAUACGCUCCGUUUGUCCUGCCAACUUAGGCCUUGACGGCCUUCUUAGCGGGGGCAGCAGCCUUCUUGGAAGCAGCGGUCUUCUCCUUGGGGGCGGCGGCGGCGGCCUUCUUAGCGGGGGCAGCGGCGGCCUUCUCCUUGGGAGCAGCAACCUUCUUGGCGGGGGCAGCGGCCUUCUCGGCGGUCUUCUUAGCAGGGGCAGCGGCCGCCUUCUUGGCGGGGGCCUUCUCCUUGGAGGCAGCAGCCUUCUUAGCGGGGGCGGCAGCGGCCUUCUUGGCAGGGACAGCGGUGGCCUUCUUGGUGGCAGCGGCCUUCUUGGGAGCAGCAGCCUUCUUGGCGGGGGCGGCAGCGGCCUUCUUGGGAGCAGCGGCCUUCUUGGCCGGGGCAGCCUUCUUAGCCUCGUCAGCCUUCUUAGCCUCAGGCUUGGCAGCCUUGGACACUCUUCUCUUCUUGGGGGCAGGGCGGGUCAAGACAUCGGGGAUGUACUCCUCCUUAGGGGCAGAGCGCUUACGUAUCGAUUUCCGGACCUCGACAUUCUCGGAGUCCUCCGUGGUCUCCUUGGUCUUGGUGGCCUUCUUGGGGGCAGCGGCCUUCUUGGGCGCGGUGGGGGUAACAACGAGGGCAACGACAGCCUCGGUGGCGGUGGUAUCGAUAUUGGCGAUUUCAGUGGACAUUGUGGAUGUGUGUGGGGGUUUUGGCUGUAAUCAGUCUACGAUGCAAGAAAAAAGAAGAGUUUGAAGAAGAAAAAUGUUCCAAAGAUAAACACGAUAAUUAGAUGGGUGUUGCGCGAACAGGACAAAGCAAAAACAAACAAAUUGCCAAUGUCGGAU